AGUUCCGCAAAGAGACAUAGACGGACACAUUUUGUAGUUGCACACAGCGCAACUGUUUACAAACACAAAGUUAGCGACAGUGACUAAAAUCACCGACAGCAGGGCUUCGCUCUUUUCUCGACAGAGGAAGACUGAGUGCGUAUGGAUUCGUUAAGCCUGUGACCUUAUAAAAGAGGUCAUAAGAGCCGGUCAUGAUGGUGGAGGAGGCUGGAAGGCUUCCACUUCUGCGCCUGGAGCCCCCCAUUCAGAAAUUCAUUAAAGUGGCCAUUCCCACUGACCUGGAGAGAUUGCACCAGCACCAGCACAACAUAGAAAAGUUUCAGAGAAACAGUCAGUGGGAUAAACUCCACCAAGAGCACAUCAACUCCAGCCGCACUGUCCAGCAGUUGCGAUCGAACCUGCGGGAGAUGGAGAAGUUGUGUGGGCGGGUCCGCAGUGCUGAUGCUGAAGCUCUGAAGAAACUUGUUCAGCCAAUCAAAGAUCGAGCUUCCACUGCCAUUCAGGAGUUCCUUUGGAUUCACUCGAAUGCAGUCAAUAGGCCGGAUGCUCCAACUACUGGCAAAGACUUUCACAAAACUACCAGCACUGCCUCGGAUACGUUGCACAGAGACUGUUAUACAGGUGUACCCGGUUCCCCUGUCACUCAAACACAGCUGCUCCUGCCUGAAAUCCCUCCAGAACAGAACGCUGCCGAGUCCUGGGAUUCUUUAGCUGAGGACCUACUGGAGCUGAAUGGUUUAGUAAAUGAGUUUGCCACUCUUGUUCAUACUCAGCAGGAGAAGAUUGACAGCAUUGAGGCCAAUGUUAGCAUAGCAGCCGCUAAUGUGGAGGAGGGGACUCAGAGCCUAGGGAAGGCGGCUCGUUUGAAGCUGGCGGUUUUGCCCGUGGCGGGUGCAGUGGUCGGAGGAGUGCUAGGAGGACCGCUGGGACUCUUAGCGGGAUUUAAAAUGGCGGGGGUCGCUGCUGCCGUGGGGGGUGGACUGCUUGGUUUUGCCGGAGGCAACCUGAUCCAACGGAAGAGGAAAGAAAGUAUCGCCCUGAAGCUACAACAGCUUAAGAGCAACAACAACAGUAAGAACGACACUCAGUGACACACUCAAGCACAUUUGUUUUUGUAGAGGAGGCCACGAGACGGCGGAGUUGGCGACCCACGCGCAUUCUGAAAUAAACACCAGACGCUCAAUGCACAUAAAACAACCACAACUGCAGAAUAACUCCUACACGCAGUGCAAACAUGCAUAUGCGACAUGCUACAACGAGUGGACUUGCUAAUUUUCCUUUUGCCUUAAUUCAUCAUUUAUUUCUAUGCCAAAGCAAACAAGGCCUUAUUCCAUCAUCUGACAUGCUGCCGAUCAGCUGAUCAACCUUUGUAGCGGUAAUGUUACUGUAGGUGUUAGAGGUGGUUAGAGAUCAUAGAUUAUUGUUGUAUAAGAGUGUCAACUAUAUUACAUUAAGAUUUGUUAUGCAUACUGAGGAUUUGCAGUAGGUGAUAUGGUUCUGUUUACUACAAUUAUGUAAAUUUUUUGUGCUAAAAUUGUAAAAGUUAUUGCAGAAUUCCAUGAUAAACACUUAAAAUGCCCCUGUGCAGUAUUGUAACUAUGAUGGAUUUCUUUUUAAUUCUGUUCAUGGUUUAUGAGUAGAUAUAAAUGAUACGUUGCACAAUAGUGAGAAAUUCAGUACACUGUGAAUGAACUAUUAAUACACAUCAUUAUCAAUGAAAAUUUAUGAAGUUAAAAUUAUGAUACAGUUUCCAUAGUCUGACGAGCUCAUUGUGUCUAGACCAUGGAUACUUACUUUGCCUUAACUUUUGAUGAAUGAAAUAUUUCAGAUAUCUAAUAAUGUCUCAGGCUGCUAAAAAUAAAUGAAAUUUGAAUAACACUUAA